AUGUCACCUUUCCGAGCAAGGAGCAAUUCGUAUCAAGCAAGUGGUGGUAGUUUGCAGCAGGAGGUCAAGACGCUCUCGUUCUCACGCCAUGGGUCGCACAUCAACCAGGACACGAUGCAAAUGACAUCCUCCGGGAGCUCACCAGAGAAGCGUCAUUCACCUCGAACGAAUUUACUUGUCAUGGCCUCUGAUGCUCUCAACUUCAAUUUCGGUCGUCGAAGAAAGUCAAUUCGCCAUCCCGUGUUACCCCCAAGACCAAUGCCUAUAAUACUUCCCGAUGUUAUUGAAAUUUCGGCUGCUCACAAGGACGAAGAAGUCGAAGAACGGGGUCGGUUACGAGAGGAAGCCGCCCAGGCACUCGGCCUCGCAAUUUCUCCAAGCGAUGGCACGGAACAUGGCAGCAUUCUAGAUAGUCUUGGGCAGGGGCUGGAUUCUCAAGACACCCCAGAGAAUACUGAAGGUCAGGAGCCGAUAGAUGACACAGUUUCUGUCGCUUCGACACGGACUCCUAACCACCAACAUUCUCAUACAGUAUCGUCGAUAUAUUCCCCUCUCACCCCGCUUACUUCAACGCUUUCCAUCGCUAUACCCCCGGCUCUGCCCCGUAGCCCGACUCAACUCGGGCACGGGCGAAGUCGUUCUGGUUCCAUGCCUGGGGCUUUGUCAUCGCUCAAAACCACAGACACAAGAUCAUCGUCCACAGCUGGAACACCACCAAUUCCACCUUUUCCGACAACGGUCGCAGUACUCAGCCAUUUCUCUCAGCUAUCGUUUACUUUCCCGAAAUAUUACCCUUCAUCUUCAUUACGCAUUUUCGCACUCUCGAAGCAGUGGAAGACGCGGUUCAUAGUGUUCUCCACACCUUCACCUUCAAAUCCCUUCCUCCCAACACUCACUUCUUCACGAGGUCCAACCAACAGCCCCCCGCUGUCAUACCUACAUCUCUUCAAGUCCGCCGUCGCGGAAGAAAAAGAGUACGAAAGGCUGGAAAUUAAUGAAGAUUCGGUGGUUUUUGUCUCUGAAGAGGAGGUUGGUGGUCGAAAGCAUGUCAUUAAAGUAGGAGGUGUCGAUGUUGGUGCCAUGAGAAAAGACCUCAGCCAUGAAGAAGGUGGUCGGACGAUGUGGUUUUUGCAAAUCACAGACUCAGCUGAAGCUCAGAAGUGGAUCGCAAAUAUCAAAAGUUCUAUUCUGAACCAAAGAGCUGUUAGAGCAGGAUUAGGAUCGCAUUCGAAUUCUCCCAGUGUCGGCGUCGUCGAGCCUCGAGGAGAUAUGGAUGUCAUGCUUUCGAUCCGUGCUCAAAGUAUCAUGACGAGUCCCACUUCCCCUUCAUUCGAACGGCCAAGCAGUCCUGAAUCACACCCCCCCUACGCAGCCUCUAUUUCAUCUGUUCGUUCUCAAGGAAAUGGAACCGCCAUAGGGCAUCCCAGCGGGGCUGGAGGAGUCUCUGGACUCAAAGGAUUUUUCUCUGGGGCCGUAAAUCGCCCGAGGUCCAGUUCUCGUGCCACUAGUGUAUGUUCUGACUCGGGUCAGGACGACGGGCGAAGAGAAAGCGUUGUCAGCUCAUCUGGAAUAAGUGUUAAUCACACUAAAGGAGGCAAUAGUCUCAUGAGCCUACUUCGGUCCAACGCGGUCGAUAGUAUCCACGCGACAUCGUCUGUCGGAAACCCUGGGAACACUACCUCCCUCUCAGCACCCGCACCUAUUCCGUCUCCCGCCCAAACCCACUUGUUUUCGCACAUGACCAAUGGAAAUCUUCACCCAGCGGAAAAGCAAAAACUUCGCCACUCACAGCUGGAGCGGAAGAUCAUCGAGAACCCUGGUGUGUUUGACGAUGAUGAAGGUGCAGCUCCUGUGUUUCGCCAGAAUGUCUUGGCGAAACGCAAUGCUGUGUCUACAACAAGAGCCAUGAAGACCAUGUCUGUCGAUGCAAUUUCGCUCCAGCCGCCGCCCAGGAAAAGAUGGACAACAACAGGUUCCCAUCAUCCAUUUAUGACCGCUGGAUUUUCCGAAAUCCCCGAAGAUAAUGGGAAGCGCCCGAAGUAUCAGCAGCAAACUGACAAGCUUAAUAUACAUGGUCGAGAAGAAAGUGCCAGUUUGAUGUCGGGGAUCAACAUCAGUCCCGGCGGGAUGAGCGGGUUUUCGUUCGGAACACCAGAACAGAGACCAAGAUCGCCGUCUACUGGAUCGGUCUCAACCAUUGCCUCUGGAGAGAACGGCAGACCGGGUAGUUUCAGUGGAGAGAGAGCCAGCAUCAAUACGAAGAGGAAUUCUGUGGCCAAGCGCUGGUCUCGACAGUUACCGCAGAGAUUAACACCACCAAGUGGUCCACCUCCCGCUACACCAAACUCAGUGCACCAGCGUAGCCCGACUGGGAGCAUCAUCAAGAAAUCGCCAAAUCCUCAUCCAUACACCACUAUGGAACGAUCUCCUAGUCGUUCAUCACAGUCCAGCAUCUCGAAUGGGAUUCCAUCGUUUUCAAAACGCGCGUCUGCGUCAUCCGCUUUCAGUGUCCAAACGACCAGCACUUCACAGUCGCAAGGUAAUAGUAUAACAUCACAUUCACGCCCCGGUUCUACGCACCGUGUUUCUCUGCAACCUCCGCCACGGCCCCCGCCUAGUUUUGCUCUACCUCCCACCCCAGACCUGGAUGUGGGCUCGUUUCCAUCACAUAAACAUAGAAAUUUAUUGUCCCCUUCACCUCCGUCUCAAGCGCAAUCACUCAAAGAUCCAUUUACCUCUCGAAUACACAGAUUAUCCUUAGGUGCACCAAAACCUCCCCCGUCAGGCAUGCUGCCUCCUCGGCCUGACGAAUCAAUUCCCCAAGUUCGGAGACGCGCCGGAAGUAGCGGCGCUGUCUCCCUUCGUUCUUUGACCAGCACCUUGAAUUCGAGUGUGCUUUACUCUAUACCCGCUUCUCCUGUGUCGACGUUCCUGCCAUUCCAUACCAAUUCAACAGCACCCUCCCCACCACCCGUUGACCCACUCCCGCCAACUCCCCCAUUAUCACUUAGCGGCAUCUUAACCACAUCUCCUCAACCCGCCUCCAAUUCUAGUCCUUCACGCGCCGCGUCCAUCAAGCAGCGAUUCCGGAUACUUAGCGCACCCUCUGCUUCUCCUUAUAGCUCCACCCCGACCGCUGUUCUAAACAACUUUGCUUCAUCGUAUAAACCUCAGCCUACAGUAGUUGCUGCACCGUCACAAUCCCCUAACGGUACUCCGCAGACCGAAAAAAACUCCUUCAUACAAAAUAGCGGCGAUAGUAUUACAGCACUUGGCUCUCCCAUUACACCCUCUUUCCCCACCCCCAAGAUACAUUCACUCCCCCCACCAGAACCCGAGCCAGAAAUUACCUCGUUAUUACCUCCCCCCCGUCGUGGCUCCAAGCGAGCAUCUCUCACCAGCGAACAAGUAUUCGAUCCCCACCUUGAAGAUUCUCGAAGCCAACCCACUAUCGAUGUCGAUGAUCAGCAGAUACUUCCUUCUUCACUUUGUCGUCGCGGUUCGGUGAUUUCGCUUGGGAUUGCAAGCAUGUAA